AUGUCGAGCCUGCAGGGCAAUGCUGGCCUCUGCGGCUGGAAGCUUCUCGCUCCCUGCCACCACGCCGGAAAGCAGGGGUUCUCGAGGACAGGGCUCGUGGUCCUAGUGGUGCUGGUGCUGGCCGUGCUGUUGCUAUUGCUGCUUGUGACGAUUCUCUUUUUUGGCUACCGGAGGUACAAGAAGAAGAAGGGAGGCUCUACCCGUGCAACCAGUUUCUUGGAGGACUUCGUCGUGCCGGAGCUGAGGAAGUUCACUUACAGCGAGCUGGAGGCCGCCACCGCCUCGUUCGACGAAGGCAACGUCAUCGGUAGCAGCAACCUGAGCACGGUCUACAAGGGCGUGCUCGUCGAGCCCGACGGCAAGGUGGUCGCCGUGAAGCGGCUCAACCUGGCGCAGUUCCCGGCCAAGUCCGACAAGUGCUUCCUCACCGAGCUCGCGACUCUGAGCCGCCUGAGGCACAAGAACCUGGCGCGCGUGGUCGGGUACGCGUGCGAGCCUGGCAAGAUCAAGGCUCUGGUCCUGGAGUUCAUGGACAACGGAGACCUCGACGGCGCGCUACACGGCCCGGGCAGGGACGCGCAGCGGUGGACGGUCCCGGAGCGGCUGCGCGCGUGCGUCUCGGUGGCGCACGGGCUGGUGUACCUGCACACCGGGUACGACUUCCCCGUCGUGCACUGCGACGUCAAGCCGUCCAACGUUCUCCUGGACAGCGACUGGGAGGCUCACGUCAGCGACUUCGGCACGGCGAGGAUGCUGGGCGUCCAUCUGACGGACGCCCCCGCGCAGUCGGCGACGUCGUCGGUGUUCCGGGGCACCGUCGGGUACAUAGCGCCAGAAUUCGCGUACAUGAGGACGGUGUCGCCGAAGGCAGACGUGUUCAGCUUUGGCGUCCUGAUGAUGGAACUCUUCACCAAGCGACGCCCCACCGGGACGAUCGAGGAGGAUGGCGUGCCACUGACACUGCAGCAGUACGUGGACAACGCGAUCUCGAGGGGCCUCGACGGGGUGCUCGACGUCCUGGACCCCGACAUGAAGGUGGUCACCGAGGGCGACCUGUCCACGGCGGCGGACGUGCUGAGCUUGGCCCUGUCGUGCGCCGCGUUCGAGCCGGCGGACCGGCCUGACAUGGACAGCGUGCUUUCAACCUUGCUGAAGAUGAGCAAGGUCUGUGGAGGAGACUAG